AUGGCAGGAUAUGCAAUGACUUUUCAGUUAUCCAGUGCUGUGAAAUUUCGAAAGGAGAUCUCUUCCUUGAGGAUUUUUAAUCGAGACUUUGUGUUUGGAGAUUUUGUUAAGGCAAUGAAAGUACCUGUUUUGCGGAUUAAGGGUGUUUCAGGUAAGCAAAGGUCGAGGCUUUUGGUGGUUAACAUGUCUCAGUCUCCUGUUGAGCCGCAAUCUAGUGUUGUGGCUACUGAACAACCGAAAGUGGAAGAAAGGAAAGGAGACAAUGUGAGAAACUUGGGAACUGAUGAAGUGGAGAAAUUUGGAAGUGAUGGUGAUGCUGGAGAUGGGUUUAAUGGUGGUGAUGGUAAUGGUGGGUUUAAUAACGGUGGAAAAGGAGGAGGGGGAAAUGGAAAUGGAGGAGAAGAUGAUGAUGGCAAAGAAGAGUACGAAGAGAAGGAGUUCGGACCCAUUUUGAAGUUUGAAGAGGUUAUGAGAGAGACAGAAGCUAGAGGAGCCACACUUCCAUCUGAUAUGUUAGAGGCUGCUAAGACCUUUGGCAUCCGCAAGUUGCUUCUCCUUAGGUACUUGGAUUUGCAGAGCUCAGCUGGGCUGCUUGGGUUUGCUAUAAGAUCAUGGUCUAUGCUUCGCAACAGAAUGUUGGCUGAUCCAUCUUUCCUCUUCAAAAUAGGCACUGAGAUAGUCAUUGAUUCUUGUUGUGCCACUGUUGCUGAAGUUCAAAAGAGAGGCAAAGAUUUCUGGGCAGAGUUUGAGUUGUAUGUUGCUGAUCUUCUUGUUGGAGUUGUUGUUAACGUUGCUCUUGUUGGUAUGUUGGCCCCUUUUGUCCGUUUCGGUCAACCAUCAGCGUCAAGUGGCUUCUUAGGAGGCAUGCUCAAUGCUUAUAACGCGCUUCCAAGCAGCGUGUUUGAAGCUGAAAGACCAGGGUGUAGGUUUUCAGCUCAACAGAGACUCGCUACAUACUUCUACAAGGGUAUAAUGUAUGGUGCGGUUGGAUUUGGAUGUGGCAUUGUAGGCCAAGGCAUUGCUAAUCUGAUCAUGACUGCUAAACGAAGCAUAAACAAAUCAGAAGAAGACAUUCCAGUACCACCGCUCAUCAAGAGUGCAGCUCUCUGGGGUGUGUUCCUUAGUGUUUCAUCGAAUACACGUUAUCAGAUCAUUAAUGGUCUAGAGAGAGUGGUUGAAGCAUCUCCUUUCGCCAAGAAAGUGCCUCCUGUGGCUUUGGCCUUUACCGUUGGUGUAAGGUUUGCUAAUAACAUCUACGGUGGGAUGCAGUUCGUGGAUUGGGCAAGAUUGAGUGGUUGUCAGUGA